AUGCAUUUAUUCUACAUCUUAUUAUUGCUAGCCAUAGCAGUCGAUGCUUUUCCAAUUGUGGCUAAAACGACGUCGAAUAUCCGGUACAGAAUCGAUGUUGAGGCAACGGAUUCAAUCGAAACGGUGAAAGGAAAACUUCAGGAUCGAAUCGGUUAUCCACCAGAACAACAAAAGCUUUCCUAUAAAGGAGAAGCGCUCGAAGAUGGGCACACAUUGAGCGACUAUAAUAUCAUCGAUCCAGUCAUCCUCAAUCUACAAGUU